AUGGUUCCAAGCUUUGCCUCGAUCCUCACACCUGGAGUGGAUCCCUGCUUUAUCUGCACACGAAAAAUAUAUCUGAGCCUCCACCAAGAAUGCUGGUUUGCAAAAGAAGUCAGCCUGGGAGAUGAUGUUACUCUCCUUGCCCUGCCCUUUGCUGAGGACCUAGAGCCAAGCCUCUCCUUCAAGUGGAGGAAGAGAAGUCCGAGACUUAGCGCUUCUAAUAAAAUUUUUACAGAGGAUACCUCCAGCUCUGAAACUGAUCUGCUGUUUACGGAUGUGAAGGAAGUGAUCAAAGAGAUACGCUCUGACUGGUACAGCCUGGCUAUAGAACUGGAUAUUGACUAUGCAACUAGGAAGAGUCUUGAGAAGGACUAUCGAUGGGUUGAGCCGUGCUUUGAGGCCAUGCUGACACACUGGGUGAAGCGCUCCUCUCCUCCCGCCUCCUGGUCUGCCCUUGUUAGAGCACUAGAGUCUCCGGCCAUUGCUCGUGGAGACAUUGCAACAAGCAUUAAGACAAAAGAUACCAGCAACACCUCCGAAAUUUGCUUUCUCACCCACUACAUGUGGUAAAUCUAUAUACAUGUACACAGUGGAUCGAGGUACAUUUUAGCUGAAAAUUAGUCAAUACACACAGUUUACUUCUUUGAAAUUUUGAUGCGGUGUCUCUCCCUUCCAGAGCGACUGAGUGUGAAUCAUCAUUUGAGGGUAGUGAGGACAGCUGCCUGGGAGGUGAGGGGAACAUGGCGUCCUUUGGGAGUGCAGUUGGGUGUCAAUGAGGGGACACUAGAUGCCAUCAAGAGGGACUAUCAGAAUGAGUCUGGUGUGUGUUUCACUAAACUACUGGAGCAAUGGUUGACACGAUCCACCCCCGCCCCCACACUAGGAGCACUCAUCCAUGCACUCAAGUCUCCUGUUAUUAGUCGUGGAGACUUUGCCAAAGAAAUAGAGCAUAAACUAACCUGAUCAUAAUAAUUAUAGACGUGUGUCAUAACUGUUACAGUAUAUAGCUAG